CCUUCGCAGAAACCCAAAUCCGCAAGAAAGCCCGAGUCCUUGAAUCCUCGCCAUCUCACCGCGGCUCCAGCCUCUCACGGCGUCCGUCACAAGCUGGUGUCCCUGCUGCAUGCUGACUACACCCGCCUCAACGGCGAGGUCUCGGGCGGCGCUGCUAAGGAUCCCCAGCUAAAGGGUCUCGUCCUAUCCGGCCAAGAAAUCAUCUGGAUGGUGUUGGAUCGCGAGCAGGAGCUGGCUACGCAGAAGGCUGCAGUCUACGACAAUGCUAUGCGGCAGGAGGUUAUGAAGUACAAGAGGAUGAAGCUUGACGCCUGGGUGGCCGAGCGCAAACAGGCCCUAGAGAAGAAGACUGCCCAGAAAACCCCCAGCAUCGGCGCGCCGGUCACCAUCAACACCGGCCUGACCACGGCUCAGGAGGUCGUUGUCCUACAGCAGAGACUGGUCACGCCCAUUCAAAACCUCGAGCAAUAUGGCUACGUUCCCGUGCCACCCACAGACGAACAGAUCGAGGAGGCGAAGCAGGCCGUGAAGUGGUCGCAGGGCUGGGAGCAGUGUGAUCGGUGCACAGCUCGUUUUCAGGUCUUUCCUGGCCGCGACAUCGAGACCGGCCAGCUCGCGUCAGGCGGACAGUGCAAUCAUCACCCCGGCAGGGCCUACUUCCCCGAGCGGCCGAAAGGGGAUACCGCCUGGAUUGCCAAGAAAUACCGCUGCUGCAACCAGGAUGUGGGCGAGUCUCCGGGCUGCACCGUCAGUGAGGCCCACGUCUGGAAGACCACCGACCCGAAGCGGCUUGCGUCUUUGUGGAAUUAUGCCGAGACGCCCGCCAACGACAACCCCUUUGUGGUGAAGGAGGCGGUGGCCUUCGACUGCGAGAUGGGCUACACCGUGCACGGCAUGGAGCUCAUCCGGGUGACGGCCACCUCUUGGCCCGAUGGUGCUGAGCUGCUCGAUGUCCUCGUCCAGCCGUACGGCGAGAUCCUGAACCUCAACUCGAGGUACAGCGGUGUCUGGCCCGAAGAUCUAGCCCGUGCUGUACCAUGGACCCGGGACUGGACGCCGCCACCACAGCAGCCUGGCGAGCGGAAGGUCCUGCAGAAGGUCUCGUCGCCCGAGCUGGCCCGUGACCUGCUCCACUCGUUCAUCAACCCCGAUACGAUCCUGAUCGGCCAUGGUCUGGAGAAUGACCUCAACGCUAUGCGCAUGGUUCACCCUAAGAUUGUCGACACAGUCCUCCUGUACCCGCACAAGCGCGGGCUGCCGGUCCGGACAAGCCUGAAGCUGCUCAUGGAGACUCUGCUCAACCGGCGCAUCCAGGUCGACACGGGCGAGGGCCACGACAGCGCCGAGGAUGCUCGGUCUGCCGGUGAUUUGGUUCGGUACAAGGUAGAGAAGGAAUGGACCCUGAUGAAGUCCCAGGGGUGGAAGUGGGAGGACGGCGAGCUCCGUGCCCCA